AUGGUUACAAUCAGCAGAGAACAGGCUAUAUGCAUGUUUUACUGUGAAUCGUAUAAUGAAUCAAACGUCGUCAAGUUAUCAAAGUUGAUUGAUGACAUGAACAAUAUCGAAAUCUGUUACUCGGACGAUCCAACAGAGCCUAUGUUAAUGUCACUCAAAUCACUCUACGCUAGUCCCUUCAAAUAUCAUCAAUAUCCUGCUUUUCUUAAGGACUGUAAAAAGGACAAGGAUAACAAUCAUGCCAAUGGAUGA